GUACGAGUACAAUAUAUAAGAUCAUAGUUGAGUGGCAUUAUAAAGCAUAUUCACAUCUAAAUUAAACAUAUAUCUCAACAAAUUAAUCAGAGAUGGCAUCUUCAGGUGUUGAUAAAUACAGGGGUUUAGAUGAAGAGGAAAAGAAGAACACUGUUUGGAGAUUUGGUCAACCUCCUAACUAUGACAUUGUCAAUAAGCUCUUCGAAGAAGGACGAACUAAGAUAUGGCCUCCUGGAUCACUUGAAGAAAUGGUGCAGAACAUUGUGAAGACUUGGGAAAUGGAACUUUUCCAUAAAGCACGUAUUGAGGACUGCAAAUUUACAGACCCCAGUUUCAUUUACAGCCUAAAUGGUAGAAGAGGAUUGAGUUUGGAAGAAGUGGGGAAGAUGGGUGGAGGGUACAACUCACAUCUACAGACAUCACUGCCGGAGCAUCUUAGAAUCUACGACCCAGCUGUGGAGACUUUUGAGUCGUCUCACAGGGAAUUCACAACAACGUUCCCACGUGGGUUCGCUAUAGAGAUUUUGAAGGUCUACUGUGGUCCUCCACAAAUUGUCUACAAGUUUCGUCAUUGGGGUUACAUGGAAGGUCCAUUCAUGGGCCAUGCUCCUACUGGUGACCUCAUUGAACUCUUUGGCAUGGCUAUUUUUGAGAUGAGUGAAAACAACAAGGUUACUAAGGUGGAGUUUUUCUUUGAUCGUGGAGAGCUUCUUGGGAAACUUGUGAAGGGAGAAAAAGUUGAAACUAAAGAUGGAGAGGUUGCCUCAACCUGCCCUUUCAUGAGGAGCACUGGCUAGCUAGUACUAUUUUGUUUUUAGUGAGAGUGGAAAUAAUAUUGAAAUCGUGGUCAAGUGAAGUUAGUUUUUAAGGUGUAUUUGUUGUAUAACUACUUAUAAUGUUUGUGUUAUUUUAAGUAUAAAAAUUCAAAAAUGUGAAAAUUACAGGUAUUUAUACUCCAUGUAUUCUUUUAUAUGAAUAUUAUAAAAGUGUUGUUAUUUGGCACCUUAACUUUAAAGUGCCAAACAUUAAAUGAA